UUACAUCGAAUUAUUUAUCUUUGGAAUAUCGAACAGAAUUUCUUAACAUUAUUUGUCAAACUGUAACUGACAAUGUUGAUAUUCUAAAGAUUAUGAUUAAAGAAAUAAAAAUUAAUGAAAAUAUAAAUGAUGAGAAAUUUUUAGAUGCAAUUAUUGAUGGUUUAAAAGUUUACAAUGAAAAUCUUGAAGAUGGAAUUGAAUGUAUUAUGAUAUUAGUUGAAAGAAUGAAAAAAAUAUCAAAUAAAAAUUGGAAAAAUAUUUUACGAUUAAAGCAAAAAAUUAUUUUGAAAUUAGCCACGAAAGAAUAUUCUGAAAUACAAACACGAAUUCUUGUUGCAAAAUUAAUCGUUCGAACAAUAACCGCAUUUCGAUCGAAUGAUCGUCAUGAUGUAAUCAAUCGUUUACUAAACAAAUCUCAUCAUUCACUUCUUUUUCUUGCAUAUGUUUUUCAUGAUUUAUUAAAUGCUGAAGAAACAAUUGAUAAUGAAUUAUUUCUUGAUUAUCUUCAUAAACUUAUUGAAAAUCAUUCAUCAGAAUCAAUUGUUUUCGAUUUACUUCAAAUUUAUUGUAAACAAAAUUUAGACCAACAUGAAAAAAUUUUAAAAUUACUUGAAAAUGAAAAUAAACAAGAGAAUUUACCUAUAAAACAAACAAAUCAAUUACUUCUUAUUCUGAAAUUAUUUCCAGAUUCGAUUUCAACAACAGAAAUAAUUUAUAAAGCAAUUAUUAAAAAAGCUAUCUUGUUUUUUGAAUCAUCCAAUGAAAAUAAUCAGAAUAUUGAUGAAUGGAUGUUAUCUUUUGAACAAUGUACUACUCGUCUUCUAACACAAACAAAAAGUGAAAUUGAUUUAUAUGAUUUAACUAAACAUCUAUUAAAAUAUUUUAAAAUAUUUACAAUAAAUUCAAUUAGUUUAUUAAAAACUUUAAUUCUAUUUUUUGUAUCACAAGAAUCAUUUGAUCAAAAACAUCUAUCAAAAUUAUUUGCAAAUUUUCUUAAACAUAAAAAUUUUCUUGAACAACUUUCAUCAUUAAAUUGUUCGAUACUCGUUGAUAUACUAUCAUUAUUUGUUUCACAUUAUGAUUCAAAACAAUCAUCAAUAACAAUUGAAUGUUCGAAACAUUUUCCCAUGUUAUUAUCAAUUUAUAAUCCAACAUUAUCAAAAACUAAUCAACAUACAUUAGCUUGUAUGUAUACCUAUGAAAAACAUGGUUAUUCAAUGAAAUCAGCUUUUGUUUGGGGUGAAGCAGCAUUAAAACUAUACAGUACAACAACAGAUGCAAAAAAUGUUUUAUUACAAGCAUCAAAGUUAGAACAAAUGAUGAGUUUAUUAGAUGAUAGAAUGAUGAUGAAAUCAAUUUUAUUUUAUCCAGUAACAAGAAGAUUGAGAGUGAGUUUAGAAAGGUUUUCCACAUUUUAA